AUGGAGUUCUACCGCAUACGGCAGACGCACUAUGACAAGCAACAGUCCGUCAUUACCUGUGAGUUUGACCAGGGAUUUCAUGAGGAAGAAAGGACAUCUUUGCCAGAUGAACCAGACUUAUAUGGUGGACAAAACUUGUAUGCUUAUCCGUGGGAUAAAUCCAGUCUGAAAUCAAUGCCAAUAGACUUGCAACAGUUUAAGAAAUUGGAUGCCUACGCAUCAAAGGUGAAUGUCACGAGCAGUGUGAAAGACCUAGUGAGUGUCCUGCUGCAAGAAGCUCACAAUGACCUGGAGAAACUUCGAGCCAUUUGGAUAUGGAUUUGCUGUCACAUAGAAUAUGACGUGAAAGGCUAUCAUGACAAAACUAGCAGAUCUUGUAAGCCAAUAGAUGUCCUUCGGUCAGGAAAGAGGGUAUGUGCUGGAUAUGUGGGGCUCUUUCAACAAAUGUGCAGUAUUGCAGGGAUUCAGUGCAAGGAAUUGUCUGGCUACUCCAAAGGGCUUGGAUAUAAACCAGGACACGUCUUCCGGGGGGACACUGAUCAUGCCUGGAAUGCUGUUUUCCUCCAUGGAAGGUGGCACCUUUUGGACAGCACGUGGGGAAGUGGGACUGUAGAUGACUCUUGUACCAAGUUCACUUUCAGACAGGAUGACUUUUACUUCCUGACCCAUCCUGCUCUCUUUAUUACCGAUCACUUCCCAGAAGACCAUGAAUGGCAGUUACUGAAACCCCGCCUGUGUCUGCAGCAGUUUGAACGCAAUAUACGCUUCAGAUCUGAAUUUUAUGCACAGGGACUGGUUGCAGCAACUCCAGCAACAACAGUCAUUCAGACAGAAAAUGGCAAAGCAACCAUUUUCAUUGAGAGUCGUUCUCCGACAUUGUUCCUGUUUAAAUUGAAUGAGGCAGAGGAGAAUUGUUUAAUGACACUCCAGAGGAAUGGGAUGAAGCUUGAAGCGUACCCCCAGCAGACAGGGGCUCACUCUUUGCAGAUCUACUCAAAACUCUUCAAAGACAUGAAGGAGAGCUACAGUCACGUGUUAGAAUACUCACUGAUGUGCAACUCUGUCGACAAGAGCAUCUGUCUGCCCAAAGGCCUCAUCCAGCCUGUGGGACCCAGUUGGCUGUCGGAGCAGGCGGGGAUCCUGAAGGCCUUGCCUUCAGGCCCCAUUAUCCACACAGAUGACGGAUGCUGUGUCAUCACUUUCACUCGGACUAAAGAUCUGCAUUUCUUUGCUACGCUUCAGUCUGAUAGCAGCAGGAUACCCGAGGACAUGAUGAGGCGUCACGUCUGGAAAGCCUGUCAAGGAAACCAGGCUGAGUUAAAGGUUCACCUGCCCCAUGCAGGACACUUUGCUCUUCUGAUCUGGGCCAAUAAGACAUCUGAUUCAGAUUCUCACCAGUGUGCUCUCAGCUACCUCCUCUCCUGCCCAAAUAAGAGUGUGACGUGGCCAGUUUUCCCACAGAGAUUUGCGAACUGGGAGGACGACUAUGAGUUAGUGGCACCUCUUGCCGGUGUCCUGCCAGCCAACUGCCAGGUGCAGUUUAAACUCAAGCUGCCAGGCAUAGUCCAAGCAAAUGUUGAAUGUGGGGGCAAGAUUCUUCCCCUGACUCUGAGCAAAGCUGGUUUCUGGGAGGGAGCCUGUAACACCUCAGGUGGGAAAAAGGCAGAGCUGCAAGAGCAUCUCGCCUGCCUAAGGAGACAGAGAGAAGAAGCAAAAGCUGAUGAGGAGAAGAUCAAGGAGCUGCUGCCCACACCGACUUAG